UGACAGUGUGGCGGUAAAAGGUGACUAAUGAAUGGCCUAUAAAUUGAGCGGCUUGCCCAUCGAGAAGGAUCAGAGGACACUCUCUUCUCAUCCAGUGCUAUCCAUACCCUGCACAAUGGCCUCAACCUUUUGCUUCCUCCUCUCUAUCUUUCUGCUUGUAGUUGCGACCAGCAGCAGCGAGAUGAGUCCUGAGGACUACUGGAAUAAACUGCUGCCCAAAACUCCCAUCCCCACGUCUCUCCACGCCUUCUUGCCGACGACAGGCGCCAGUUAUCCUUCGCAAAAGAAGCAUGCUGCCCUUUCCCUGCUUGCGAGUAAAAGCAUUUUAUGGCAAAGUUACAAAUUCGGGACAACACCGGAUCAGGUAAAGAAAGAGCACGACACUGGUUUCCUCUUCUUGAAAGAGAACUUGAAGCCAGGCAGUAAGACCAAGAAGCUGGACUUGGAGAAGAAGGAGCAAGAGACCGCGAGGGAAUGGCCGGCACUGCUGCCUCGCCAGGAGGCAGGCACCUUUCCUUUCUCAACUUCCAAGCUCAGAGACAUCCUCCAACGCUUUUCCAUGGAUCCCAACUCUGCCGACGCACUGACCGUGAGGCACACUCUUGAAAAUUGCGAGAGGGGAGCCAAUGAAGGGGAAAUCAGCUAUUGCGCUACAUCCUUAGAAUCCAUGGUCGACUUCGUUGUGUCCCAGCUCAAGACGAAUGAUGUUCAGUUGCUAACCUACUCGUUCUUGAACAAGGAAGAAAGAGAGACCAAGAGCAGAGUGUACACAGUUCAGCCCGGUGUGGUCGAAUUGGCCGCGCAAACCACAGUGGCGUGCCACGUCCAGUCGUACCCGUAUGCAGUGUUCUACUGCCACACGGUUCCGAAAACCAAAACUUACAUUGUUCCAUUGGUUGCUGAAGAAGAUGGCACCAGAGUGAGGGCAGGGGCUGUUUGCCACACUGACACCUCUUCAUGGAACAAGAACCAUGCCGCUAUGCUGGCACUAGGAAUCAAGCCGGGAACUCCUCUUUGUCAUUUCCUUUCUCAUGGUCACGUUGUGUUUGUUCCCAACUCUGCUCUUAAGAUGUCCACAGUACGCCGGUCCCCUACUCCCGCCUAGCUUUAUUAGUCCCUGGCAUAUGUGUGGUAUAAACGUUCUCAGUAUGUGUAGGCAACGAUGGUGCCAGUGUAUAAUGGGUUGUACUACUGCUUGUUUUCCUGCUCUUUGUUCAUGUAAUCAUAAUCAGGUGUAUGUCUUUUGUGCAAGCAAUCUGAAUAAAUAUGAUGGAGCAUGGGAGAUGUUUUAUGUUCA